AUGGGCUUCUCCUCUGCCACAGUCACUGACUCCGCAACGGAUGAUAGAUCCGACGACACAAGCGCUAUCGACGAUGGAAGCCUGAAGUACACAGCCGAGGGCGGCGCAAACUCCUCCAGACCGACCUACCAGGAGGCCUCCGGCGCGCCGAUAGAGGUAACCUCGCCGCUCGGAUACUCCGUCGGCUUCGUGACGGUGGUCUUCCUGAACACGGGCAAGAUGAUCGGGAGCGGAGUGUUCUCUACGCCAUCGACGAUCGUCAAAGGCGUCGGCUCGGUAGGCCUCAGCCUCGUGUACUGGGUGAUCGGGUACCUGAUGGCCGCGAGCACGCUGUCCGUGUAUCUCGAGUUCGCGUCGUACUUCCCCAGCCGCUCCGGGUCGGAGGUCGUCUACCUGGAGCAGUCGUAUCCGCGGCCGCGGUAUUUCUUUCCCACCGUCUUCGCCGUGCAGACGGUCGUGUUCUCGUUUAGUAGCAGCAAUGCUGUGGUUCUGGCGUUCAAUACGAAGUGGUCUCUUCGGUUGUGCAAUGUCAUCGGCGUUGUCAAGCUCAUCGUGCUGGUUUUCAUCGGUAUAACCGGUCUGGUUGUCCUCGGAGGCAACACUUCCGUCCCAGACCCUAAGGUCAACUUUCGACAUGCGUUCGACGGAUCAUCCGCUAUAUCGGUGUAUGGAGCGACGAACGCGCUUGUCAAAGUGGUGUUUUCCUUCGCCGGUUUUGAGAACGCGUUUAAUGUUGUCAACGAAGUUCGCGUAUGCUAUGCUCCGGUCUGCCCUUGCAAUACUCAGAACGAAUGGCUAACAGCCAGGGCACAGAAUCCGGUCAAGACGCUGAAGUGGAGCGCCCCGACGGCCCUGCUGGUCACAGCUACAUUGUACAUCCUCGCCAACAUCGCGUACUUCUCCGCAGGCACCAAGGAGGAGAUCCUCAACUCAAAGGCCGUGGCCGCGAGCGUCUUCUUUGAGAAGGUGUUUGGAACAAGCAGCGCCUCGCGCGCAUUGAACUUCUUCAUCGCUGUAAGCGUGUUCGGCAACCUGCUCACAGUCCUGGUUGGGUCGUCUCGCAUGCUGCGCGAGUGUGGACGACAGGGCGUCCUCCCCUUCACUUCAUUCUGGACGUCUACCCGGCCGUUUGGGACGCCACUGGGCCCAUACGCUGUCAAAUGGGUGACGACCGUGCUCAUGAUCCUCAUACCGCCCGCCGGGGACGCCUUCAACUUCGUCGUCGAUCUGGGCAUAUACCCCAUGAGCUUCUUUACUUUUCUCCUGAGCGUCGGACUGCUCGUUACCCGCGCCCGCCGUAAGCGGUUGAACAUCCCGCCGUCCGAGUACCGUGCGUGGGAUAUUGCGGUGGCGUUCUCCAUCCUGUCGAACCUGUAUAUGCUCGUCGCGCCGUGGUAUCCGCCAACCACCGGUGCUACAGGCGGCGACGUGAGCUUCUGGUACGCCACGUACUGCGUGGUGGGACUCGGCAUUGUGGCUUUGUGCGGAGUGUACUACUUCGUCUGGAUCAAGGUGCUCCCAAAGCGCGGCGGAUAUCAAUUCCGACAGACUAUCAUCCAGCUAGAUGGGGGUGCUACCGCGCAUCAGCUGGUGAAGGUUCCGAACGACCAACUGGCAGAGUGGGAUGCCGAGCAUGACGCGACUGGGAGGGUGCGUCGGAGGAUACCGCACGACGUUGAUAUUAAGGCUUAG